AUGACCGGCGGUGGAGGCGAAGCACCGCCGCCGGUGGACGGCGGAGAAUUCCUUCUCCAACUCCUAAAGAGGCCUGCCCACAAGUCUUCCCAUCUUCACCAAUCGCAGCCAUCAGCACAACCGCCGCCGCCGCCGACGACUCAGAUUCUCGGUCAAGAUCCCGCCGUUGCCUCUUUUGGCGCCACAGUUCCUAUUCCUUUCCCCCAGCAACUCUUUCCGUCCAAUGGCGUUAAUCCACCUCAUUGGACCCAUCAACAGCACCUCCAUCAGUCUUCUCCCCCUUUUGCCCCGCAUGCUUACUUCUUCCAAAACCCAAACCCUAAUAAUCCCAACCCUAAUCUCAGCCAGCUUUUCCCCACCGCCUCUCCACCGGGGAUCAAUCAAGGCAAUUUUCAGCUCAAUAACGCGCAAUUCAAUAACAAUUUAUCCUGGGAUGAUGCUAGGAACUUGGGUUUGUUUGGCAGCAAUUCUAGUGCUAGCUCACUUCACCAGCAUGAUGCAAAAGAUCUCGUUUUCGGGUCCCUCAGGGCCGGGGAGAGCCCGGUUAACGGUAAUUAUGGCAAUGACUUUCUAGCAUCUUUGGAGGAUAAGAAGAAUGCUAAUUUUUCGCGAUCUCUGGUGGAUAAGGGAUAUAUGGACAUUUCAAAUAUGAGGGAGCACAGAAGAGAAGUGAGUUUAGAGGACAUUGGGAGAGUGAAGGAUUUUAGAGUUAAUUUUCAGCAAGGUUCAACUGCUCGGAACCAUAUGGCUACUUCUAAGAUAGUUAAGGGCGAUGGCCUGGAAGGUAGUGAUAAUACUAGGAGAGGGACUCGUCAGGUUGGUAGACAAGAGCAUAAUAUUGGUAGUCAUAGGGCUGUGGUGCCUCCUCCAGGAUUUACUCGUCAGCAGAUCAAUGGGGGAAAUGGAGAGUACAACGGUAAUAUGGAGAUUUUUGAGAGGUAUCAAAGCGGCAAGGGUGAGAUGGGGAGGAGAGUGUCAUCCGUUGAUGGCAGAGGAUUGGGCCGCCAGCUUGAUCAGCCUGGCCCUCCAGCUGGGGCUAAACUGCAUUCAGCUUCUGCUUCUGAUAUUGAGCAUUCUAUGAUGGCAACGCAUGCUGAUUAUGGCGCUAUAAGCAAAGAAAUCAAUAGUGGGACAGGGGAUAGGCUGAAAGAAGAUGCUCGUGGAGACACUGAUUUGGAUGACUUGGAGGAACAACUUUUGGAUCUUGUACGUCUUGAAGAUGAAUCGGAUGAUAAAAGUGAUCAAAAGAAACCGCGAGACAAGGAGUAUAGAUCCGACAAAAGAGGAAAGUGGUUGAUGGCUCAGAGGAUGAGGCAAUUGAGAAGUCAAGUUGCAUGUCGUGGUGACAUAGAAACGUGGAAUGCAUCUUUUCUUGCUAUUUAUGAGUCAUUGAUACCUGCAGAGGAGGAAAAGGCAAAGCAAAAGCAAUUAUUAACAUUAUUGGAGAGAGUUGUUUGCAAAGAAUGGCCAGAAGCUCGCUUAUUCCUUUAUGGAUCUUGUGCUAACUCUUUUGGGUUUCCCAAAAGUGACCUUGAUGUUUGCCUCACUAUUGAUGAUGCGGAAAUCAACAAGUCUGACGUGUUGUUAAGGCUAGCUGAUAUGUUGCAGUCAGAAAACCUUCAGAAUGUGCAGGCACUAACUCGUGCCAGAGUGCCAAUUGUGAAGCUUAUGGAUCCUACAACUGGGAUUUCUUGUGAUAUAUGCGUAAACAAUGUACUAGCCGUUGUUAAUACAAAAUUACUUCGGGAUUAUGCACAAAUAGACACAAGGUUGCGGCAGUUAGCCUUUCUUGUGAAACAUUGGGCCAAGUCAAGAGGAGUAAAUGAAACUUACCAAGGGACACUCUCCAGCUAUGCGUACGUGUUAAUGUGCAUUCACUUUUUACAACAUCGUCGACCCGCCAUUCUUCCAUGUCUACAGGGGAUGAAACCUACCUAUUCUAUAACAGUAGACGAUGUGGAUUGUUCCUAUUUUGAUCAAGUAGAAAACCUCCUGGGAUUUGGAUCCCACAAUCGUGAGGGUAUUGCACAGCUGGUAUGGGGUUUCUUCAACUAUUGGGCCUAUCGUCACGAUUAUGCAAAUGAUGUUAUUUCUGUUCGAACAGGAACUAUUUUGAGCAAACGUGCCAAAGAUUGGACCCGGCGGAUUGGGAAUGAUCGCCACCUAAUAUGCAUCGAGGAUCCAUUUGAAAUAUCUCAUGAUCUCGGGCGAGUGGUUGACAAACGCAGCAUUAGAGUUCUUAGGGAAGAGUUUGAGCGAGCAGCUGAAAUCAUACAACAUGAUCCAAAUCCAUGCGUGAAACUCUUCGAACCAUAUGUUCCUUCGUGA